CUUUUGCAAUGUCUUCGAAGACCUGCUUCGUCACGAUCGGUGCUACAGCUUCCUUCAGUGGUUUGGUGAAAGGCGUACUUCAGCACGACUUCCUGGAAGCACUCGAGAACCAAGGCUACACAGACCUGCUCGUGCAGUACGGAGAGGAUGGCCAGAAGCUAUUCGACUCUCUCAUCACCACUGCGAAGAAUAGUGAAAGCGGUAGUGUACUGAACAUCCAGGGCUUCACCAUUGAUAAGGCAGGACUGGCCAAGUAUAUGAAACAGGCGAAGGGCGUUGAAGGAGGUCAAGAGGGGGUUGUCAUCAGUCACGCUGGCUCUGGCACAAUUCUCGACGCACUUCGCAUCCAAGUCCCACUUGUUGUUGUGCCUAACGAAGCGCUCUUGGACAACCAUCAGGUGGAGCUUGCCGAAGCUUUGGCACAGCAAGACUAUGUGGUUCACGGGAAGUUGGAAGGCCUGACUCAAGCGUUGGAAGAUGCCGAGCAAUUACGGCUUAAAGUGCGAUCAUGGCCACCACCCAAUGCAGGAUAUAUGCGGCAGCCGAAAGGCCUCAAAGGCGUCAUUGACGAUGAAAUGGGAUAUCUGGAUUAAGUGACUGCCCCGCAUGUUGGGUAUAUGAUGCCUAAAGACGACUUCAAGGAUGACAAACGCCUCUACUCGGGACAGGUCAUCGAGACUACCCUUGGGCUCUCGCUCCUCACGUCACUACACUCCAGUAUUGCCUGGGUUAUCUGCGUUCUCAGGCUUGCAGGAACGUAAGCUGCGGAUGCCUGCAAUAGACGACUGGCCUCAACUGCCAUCGCACUGAUCCAC